AUGGAAUCGUCAAACGACCCGAACUGUCCAGCAACUCACCAGACACCAGCCAGCUCUAUGCGUGGGGAGGCGAUUCCUGAUGAAAUAUUACCUUCAGAAAUUACUUCUUCCAAUCAUAGAAGCGCUGAGCAGCGACACCUUCUUUCCUGUAAGUCGCCCCCUACUUGCAAGACGGACACGGAAGGACCUGCGGUUGGUAGUACAGGCGACGAGCAACCUGGUAGCGUUCUAACUGGUCGAGAUGGAUCCGCACAGCAGACCCUGCAGGAACGUGAAGGAGGAGUCACGUGUGAAACGCAGACAUCCACCGAAUACCUGGCCAGUAUCUCGCAACUGAAAAAGCUGGAUCUAAGGCCUUGCGCGUUCACCUCCCUUGCCGACGCCUUUCAGGCAUCAUUAUGUGUAGUUCGCUACCUCAGGGGUGUAGUCCGUCAGCAUGCCGGAUGCGCAGAGAUUAGAGUUGGAGGGAAGCAGCCCGGCAAUGAAGGAUCUCCGCAGGGAUUACACGCUGAAGGCUGCUCAGUCGCAGCAGACGAUUUAUCCUACCAAGAAGCAUUCGUCGCUGACGAUACUGCGUACCAUCACUUACUAAGGCAGCCUAGCUGUGCUCCGCAAGAACCGUCUGAUGCUCCGGCACAGCAAACGUCAGAUGGCGCAUCGGAAACUUCUCGAAAGGGGCGUUCAAUUCCACACCCGGAUAGCUCGCUUCCAGCGAAGCGAACUUCAACGCCCUGUGGUGGCAGCAAACUGGCCCACGGUGAAAUAGUAAGCCCAUUGUCAGAUCCAUCGGCGGCUCCCGGCAUACUCACUUCAACAAGGACGCAGAUCCAGGGAAGACUGGAAUACGAGCUCUCUGUCUGCAAAGCGCUCCUAUUACUGCAGCAUCUGACUCCUAACAGCACCACGACAGUCGAAGAAUCACCAUCACUCUCAUCCCCACAAUCAGUCCCACCCCAGUGUAUCGCCGGGCGUGCUCCUUCAUGCUCAGCAUACAGCACCACUAAGAGAGUCACCGAAUUUACCGGGGUUUCAGACUCCAUUUGUAGGGGUUUUCAAGCUACCAUCCUCGAAAUCCUGCUACGAGUGCGCCUUCUCCAAGGAACGCAACAGUUGGUGCGAGCUGACUUCGCGAAGCUUUUGCAUCAGCAACAGAAGCAACAACAGCAGCUGUUAAAGGCUGUUCAAACUACUGUAAUGAAACUAGAAGCGGAGAGGGAUUCCCUUUUGGCGCGCAUGCAGAAGCUGUCCACAUUUCGCUACAAAGUGUUUCUCCAAGGCUUGGCCUGA